GGCGGCGGCACCAGGAGCGGAAUCGGACCUGAGCGAGAGGGUCUGAGAGCAGGAGCGGGCCGAGCAGCGGCAGCGCCAGCCUUAGCCGUGGCGGCCACAGGACGGGGCGCGGCGCCGGCGGUCGGGGACCGCGGCAGGGGCUGCAGGCGGCGGAGCAGCUGGAAGAAGUUGGAUUCAAUGGGCUCCAAGAGACGAAGGGCAACAUCUCCUUCCAGCAGUAUCAGUGGGGAUUUUGAUGAUGGUCACCAUUCUGUACCAACACCAGGUCCAAGCAGGAAAAGGAGACGACUUUCUAAUCUCCCAACUGUAGAUCCUAUUGCCGUGUGCCAUGAGCUCUACAAUACCAUCAGAGAUUACAAAGAUGAGCAAGGCAGGCUCCUGUGUGAACUUUUCAUCAGGGCACCAAAAAGAAGAAAUCAACCAGAUUAUUAUGAAGUGGUUUCUCAGCCCAUCGACUUGAUGAAAAUUCAACAAAAACUAAAAAUGGAAGAGUAUGAUGACGUUAACCUGCUGACUGCUGACUUUCAGCUGCUCUUUAACAAUGCCAAGGCCUAUUAUAAGCCAGAUUCUCCGGAAUUUAAAGCUGCCUGUAAGCUCUGGGAUUUGUACCUCCGCACGAGGAAUGAAUUUGUUCAGAAAGGAGAUGCAGAUGAGGAUGAGGAUGAAGAAGAUGGGCAUGACAAUCAAGGGACAAUGUCUGAAGUAUCUUCUCCAAGUUACCUGAAAGAGAUCCUUGAGCAGCUUCUUGAAGCCAUAGCCAUAGCUACAAACCCAUCAGGACGUCUCAUAAGUGAGCUUUUUCAGAAACUUCCUUCAAAAGUGCAAUAUCCUGACUAUUAUGCAAUAAUUAAGGAGCCCAUUGAUCUUAAGACUAUUGCUCAGAAGAUACAGAAUGGGAGUUAUAAAAGUAUCCAUGCAAUGGCAAAGGAUAUAGAUCUCCUAGCUAAAAAUGCCAAAACCUACAAUGAACCUGGGUCCCAAGUAUUCAAGGAUGCAAAUUCAAUUAAAAAAAUAUUUCAUUUGAAAAAGGCAGAAAUUGAACAUGUUGAAAUGGCCAAGUCAAGCCUUCGAAUAAGGACUCCAUCCAAUUUGGCUGCAGCCAAGCUGACAGGUUCUUCACAGGGUAAGGGCAGCCUUAGUGAAGAGAGAAAUCCUACCAGCAAAUAUUAUCGUAAUAAAAGAGCUGUCCAAGGAGGUCGCUUAUCAGCAAUAACUAUGGCACUCCAGUAUGGCUCAGAAAGUGAUGAGGAUGCCGCUUUAGCUGCUGCUCGUUACGAAGAGGGGGAGUCAGAAGCAGAAAGUAUUACUUCCUUUAUGGAUGUUUCCAAUCCCCUGUAUCAGCUAUACGACACUGUUAGAAGUUGUCGGAAUAACCAGGGACAACUAAUAGCAGAACCUUUUUUCCAUUUGCCUUCGAAGAAAAAAUACCCUGAUUAUUAUCAGCAAAUCAAAAUGCCCAUUUCAUUGCAGCAGAUAAGAACCAAGCUAAAGAACCAAGAAUAUGAAACUUUAGAUCAUUUGGAGUGUGAUCUGAAUUUAAUGUUUGAAAAUGCCAAACGUUAUAAUGUUCCUAAUUCAGCCAUCUACAAACGAGUUCUAAAAAUGCAGCAAGUUAUGCAGGCAAAGAAGAAGGAGCUUGCUAGGAGAGACGACAUUGAGGACGGUGACAGUAUGAUCUCUUCAGCCACUUCUGAUACUGGGAGUGCCAAAAGAAAAAGUAAAAAGAACAUAAGAAAACAGCGAAUGAAAAUUUUAUUCAACGUUGUUCUUGAAGCUCGAGAGCCAGGUACAGGCAGAAGACUCUGUGAUCUCUUUAUGGUUAAGCCAUCCAAAAAGGACUAUCCUGAUUAUUACAAAAUCAUCUUGGAGCCAAUGGACUUAAAAAUUAUUGAGCAUAAUAUCCGCAAUGACAAAUAUGCAGGAGAAGAGGCAAUGAUGGAAGAUAUGAAGCUGAUGUUUCGAAAUGCCAGGCACUAUAAUGAAGAAGGCUCACAGGUGUAUAAUGAUGCCCAUAUUCUGGAGAAGAUGCUCAGAGAUAAGAGAAAAGAGCUGGGCCCACUACCUGAGGAUGAUGACAUGGCCUCUCCCAAACUCAAGCUAAGUAGAAAGAGUGGCAUUUCUCCUAAAAAGUCGAAAUACAUGACUCCAAUGCAACAGAAACUAAAUGAAGUGUAUGAAGCUGUAAAGAACUACACAGAUAAGCGGGGCCGCCGGCUCAGUGCCAUCUUCCUGAGGCUCCCUUCCAGGUCAGAGCUGCCAGACUACUAUCUGACUAUCAAAAAGCCUGUGGACAUGGAAAAGAUCAGAAGCCACAUGAUGGCUAACAAGUAUCAAGACAUUGACUCCAUGGUGGAAGACUUUGUCAUGAUGUUCAAUAAUGCUUGCACAUACAAUGAGCCUGAAUCACUAAUUUACAAAGACGCCUUAGUCCUGCAUAAGGUCUUGCUUGAAACUCGAAGGGACAUAGAAGGAGAUGAGGACUCUCAUGUCCCUAAUGUGACUCUACUUAUCCAGGAGCUUAUUCACAAUCUUUUUGUGUCUGUAAUGAGCCAUCAAGAUGAUGAGGGAAGGUGCUACAGUGACUCCUUAGCUGAAAUCCCUUCUGUGGAUCCUAGUUUCCCAAAUAAACCCCCUCUGACUUUUGACAUAAUUAGGAAGAAUGUUGAAAAUAAUCGCUACCGCAGGCUGGACUUAUUUCAAGAACAGAUGUUCGAUGUGCUGGAAAGGGCAAGAAGAAUGAAUCGGACAGAUUCAGAAAUAUAUGAAGAUGCAGUAGAACUUCAACAAUUCUUCAUUAAAAUCCGUGAUGAGCUCUGCAAGAAUGGAGAGAUCCUUCUCUCACCAGCACUCAGUUAUACAACAAAGCAUCUCCAUAAUGAUGUGGAGAAAGAGAAAAAGGAAAAAUUACCAAAAGAAAUAGAGGAAGAUAAACUUAAAAGGGAAGAAGAAAAGAGAGAAGCUGAAAAGAGUGAGGACUCUUCCGGAGGGGCAGGCCUCUCUAUCUUACAUCGAACAUACAGCCAGGACUGUAGCUUCAAGAACAGCAUGUACCACGUUGGGGAUUAUGUUUAUGUGGAGCCAGCAGAAGCCAAUCUCCAACCACACAUAGUCUGUAUUGAAAGACUAUGGGAAGAUUCUGCUGGUGAAAAAUGGUUGUGUGGCUGUUGGUUUUAUCGGCCAAAUGAAACAUUCCACCUUGCUACACGAAAAUUUUUGGAAAAAGAAGUUUUUAAGAGUGAUUAUUACAACAAAGUACCUGUUAGCAAAAUCCUAGGCAAAUGUGUAGUCAUGUUUGUUAAGGAAUAUUUCAAACUAUGCCCAGAAACCUUUCGAGAUGAAGAUGUUUAUGUCUGUGAGUCGCGAUAUUCUGCCAAAACAAAAUCUUUCAAGAAAAUUAAACUGUGGACCAUGCCUGUCAGUUCCGUUAGGUUUAUCCCACGUGAUGUGCCUCUACCUGUGGUGCGUGUUGCUUCUGUGUUUGCAAAUACAGAUAAAUUGGAUGAUGAGAAGCACACUGAAACUUUAGAGGACAGUAAAGGAGCAGAUACUUUCCUCAACCUAGAAAAGGAGAAAGAAGAUGUUCCAGUAGAAAUGUCUAAUGGGGAGCCAGGCUGCCACUAUUUUGAACAACUUCGCUAUAAUGAUAUGUGGCUGAAGGUUGGAGAUUGUGUUUUCAUAAAAUCUCAUGGCUUAGUAAGACCUCGAGUGGGCAGAAUUGAAAAGCUAUGGGUCCGGGACGGUGCUGCCUAUUUCUUUGGCCCCAUCUUCAUUCACCCUGAAGAAACAGAACAUGAGCCAACAAAAAUGUUCUAUAAAAAAGAAGUGUUUCUAAGCAAUUUGGAAGAAACCUGUCCUAUGACAUGUAUCCUGGGGAAGUGUGCUGUGUUGUCGUUCAAGGAUUUCCUGUCCUGUAGGCCAACUGAAAUACCAGAGAAUGAUGUUCUACUUUGUGAGAGCCGCUAUAAUGAGAGUGACAAACAGAUGAAGAAAUUCAAAGGGCUGAAGAGAUUUUCACUCUCUGCUAAAGUGGUAGAUGACGAAAUCUACUAUUUCAGAAAACCCAUAGUUCCACAGAAGGAACCCUCACCCUUAUUGGAGAAGAAGAUUCAGUUGCUAGAAGCAAAAUUUGCUGAAUUGGAAGGUGGAGAUGAUGAUAUUGAAGAGAUGGGAGAAGAGGAAGGUGAAGUCAUUGAAGCCCCCUCUUUGCCGCAGCUUCAGACUCCACUGGCCAGUGAUUUGGACAUUAUGCCCUACACUCCCCCACAGUCUACUCCUAAGUCUGCUAAAGGCAGCUCUAAGAAGGAAGGCUCCAAAAGGAAGAUCAACAUGAGUGGCUACAUCCUCUUUAGCAGUGAGAUGAGAGCUGUGAUUAAAGCUCAGCAUCCAGACUACUCCUUUGGAGAGCUCAGUAGACUUGUAGGAACAGAAUGGAGAAACUUAGAGACAACCAAGAAAGCAGAAUAUGAAGAGCGGGCAGCUAAAGUUGCCGAGCAGCAGGAGAGAGAGCGCGCAGCGCAGCAACCGCAGCCGAGUGCUUCUCCCCGGGCGGGCCCCCCCGCGGGGGCGCUCAUGGGGGUGGUGCCGCCACCAACACCAAUGGCGAUGCUCAAUCAGCAGUUGACACCUGUUGCAGGCAUGAUAGGUGGCUAUCCGCCAGUCCUGCCACCUUUGCAGGGGCCAGUUGAUGGCAUUGUUAGCAUGGGCAGCAUGCAGCCACUUCACCCUGGGGUGCCCCCACCCCACCACCUUCCGCCAGGUAUGCCAGGCAUCCCAGGCAUCCCACCACCGGGUGUGAUGGGCCAAGGAGUGUCCCCCAUUGUAGGACCUCCAGCGCCAGGAGGGAGUCCUUAUGGACAACAGAUGGGAAUUCUUGGGCCCCCAGGCCAACAAGCACCACCUCCAUAUCCGGGUCAGAAUCCAGCAGGCCAGCCUGUCAUGCAGCAGCCUACAACACCAAUGUUUGUCUCUCCCCCACCAAAGACCCAGAGGCUUCUGCACUCAGAGGCCUACCUGAAAUACAUUGAGGGGCUCAGCGCCGAAUCAAACAGUAUUAGCAAGUGGGACCAGACCCUUGCAGCCCGAAGACGAGAUGUUCAUCUAUCAAAAGAACAAGAAAGCCGGCUUCCUUCACACUGGCUGAAAAGUAAAGGGGCCCACACUACCAUGGCAGAUGCCCUCUGGCGCCUUCGUGAUUUGAUGCUUCGAGAUACCCUUAACAUUCGCCAAGCAUACAACAUAGAAAAUGUUUAAUCGCAUAAAUUACUUUCUUUGAUACAAACAUAAAAGAGUUUUGUGGAACAAUAGCUGUUUUAGUUACUGGGGGGAUAACAAAACAAUAAUUUUUAUUGCAUUUUAUUGUACAUUGCAAGACCAUUUUUAUAUAAGGACACUUUUAAUAAGCAUAUUUCAAUUUGUUUUUGUUAUAUUAAGUUGACUUUAUCAAAUACACAAAGAUUUUUUUGCA